GCUGCUUGUAUAAGACCCCGGAAUUAGUAGCAUCUUCGAAGUGAGCUCAACAGUAGCAACAGUUAUGUGGAGACAGGUUUAUAGAAUUUUAUUGUUGCUUUUCAGCGGCAUUCUGAUUGCUGCGCACGCAGGCACAUACGAAUCUGCGCCGACAAGCUGUCUAAAUCCAAAUCACAAUGUCGGCCAAUGCAUUUCAAUCUAUGAUUGUCGUUCGUUGUCUUUCGUGUUGCGACACCAAUUAACGGCACAAUAUAGUUUCGUACGUAUGUCGCAAUGUGACGGUGGCGCUUAUGCAAGCGGGAAAUUUCCCUUCGUUUGCUGUACGAACGACACGAAUUUCCACGACCCGAAUGCAGACAGGGAACAACGUAUUGUCUUCCCGGAUAUGAAAACACCGGAAGUGCCGCAUAGUGGAGGGCAGCGUGUCGCCUUUAUUACGCCGCCGCACUGUGGUGCGUUGACCAUAUCGAAUAAGAUUUUUGGCGGUGAAGAAGCUGAGAUAACAGAAUUCAGCUGGAUGGUUAAGUUGGAGUAUAAGAAUGAAAGAGGUUUCCUUCAAUCGGAAUGUGCCGGUUCCUUAAUCAAUGAGCGUUAUGUACUAACUGCAGCCCACUGUGUCAUCGGUCCGAUUGAGCAGAAAGUAGGGAAACUCGUCUCCGUGCUUGUAGGCGAACAAAUCGCCGCAUCUUCAUACAAUUACAAUAAGUACGCGCAUUCAGCGCCCUCACAACGUUUCGACAUUGAAGGAGUUAUCGUACACGAUCACUAUGGUUACGAUCAGCAGAGUAAUAUACAUGAACAUAAUGACAUAGCCUUGAUAAGACUGGAUAAGUCGGUAGAGUUUAAUAACUAUAUCCAGCCAGUAUGCUUGCCCAUACCAACGCUACAAAAGGAGCUAACUGAAGGUGUAGUGCUGACUGUAGCUGGUUGGGGUCAUACGGGUCUAUCCAGACACAGCAGCGUGAAGAAAAAAGUCCACUUGCCGCUAUAUGAUAUGGAAAGAUGUCGCUAUGUUUUCGCGAAUUAUACCGCUAUUUCUGAGGAGCAACUCUGCGCUGGCGGUGUAUACUAUGAAGACGCUUGUACUGGUGAUUCUGGUGGUCCACUGAUGCGCCUGAAUUCAGCCUCUUGGGUUUUAGAGGGAAUUGUGUCAUUUGGUCGUCAGAGUUGCGGUCAAGAGAAUAUCCCGGGAAUUUAUACACGUGUGAGAAGUUAUAUCGAUUGGAUUGCUGACCAUAUGGACACGUGGCAGUAGCAUGGCUUAUGAUUAUGUUGUAUAGUAGUGUUUAUCUUAUGUUUAAUAAUAUAUAUUCUUUGUAAACUUUUUUAUAGAAAAAUAAUAUACAAACGUAUGUGUUUUUAAUUUA